AUGGCACCAAGGUACAUCGUGUCUGCUUUGAAAGACAAAGACUUAGAAAAUCCCACGAGUAUUACCCAGAUAUAUCGAGCUAGAGCAACAUACAGAUUGGGCAAGAGAGGUGCACUGACAGAAAUGAAAAUUUUAUUGAGCCUUAUUCACCGAGAGAAAUACAUAUGUUGGUCUAGAAAUAAGGAGAAUUCAAAUAUUGUGGCUGAUAUCUUCAAGACAUGCCUUGACUCUGUCAAGUUGUUGAAUAUGUUUCCUCUGGUGUUGUUUUUUGAUUGCACAUACAAGACAAAAAGGUACCGACUACCACUGCUUGAGAUUGUUGGUGUUACAUCAACAAAAUUGACGUUUUCAGUUGCUUUUGCAUAUUAG